UACUGCUGUCGGUGUACCACCGUCCACCGGAAGGGUUGGAAAGCGGCUCAGAGACGCGUUGGGCUCGAACCAGGAGUCAGAAGUGUCCCUCCAUCCCAGCUGCAAAUAUGAGGCUGCUGCUCCACUUGUGAUGCUUAUUUCCCCCCACAUCUCUGCACAACCUUACCUCUGCCUCACGUCGUUAUUUAACUCGCUGAGUUGUCAUGACCUCCACUGACAGCUCGAAAUGCCCAUCGAUGUUGGGGGACAGGAGACGCAUUCCUCUGGAUCAGCUCCCACCGCCGGCCAACUCCAACAAACCACUGACGCCUUUCAGCAUCGAGGACAUCCUCAGUAAGCCGUCAGUGAGAAGGACCUACUCCCUCAGCGGACCGGUGCACCUCAUCUCUCCCGGAGAAAAGGUGCCAUCCGCGGGUCACAGCUUCUCCAGCCGGGCGCUGCUCAGCCACACGUCUCCUCUGUGCGCCCUAGAGGAGCUGGCGAGCAAAACCUUCAAGGGCCUGGAGGUCAGCGUGCUGCAGGCUGCUGAGGGCCGAGACGGUCUGACGCUCUUUGGUCAAAGGAACACACCGAAAAAGCGUCGGAAGUCCCGCACGGCUUUCACCAACCACCAGAUCUACGAGCUGGAGAAGCGCUUCCUGUACCAGAAGUAUCUGAGCCCGGCGGACCGGGACCAGAUCGCUCAGCAUCUGGGUCUGACAAACGCUCAGGUCAUCACCUGGUUUCAGAACCGGCGGGCUAAGCUCAAGCGGGACCUGGAGGAAAUGAAAGCCGACGUGGAGUCUGCCAAGGCCGCGGGCACUGUGGCCUUCGAGAAGCUCUCCAAGCUGGCCGAGCUGGAGAAGUGCGCGGCUGGAGGUCUGGGAGGAGGGAUGGUUCCUGCACCGGACGACAACGAGCAAGACGUGCUCUCCUCUGGGUCGCAGCACGACACCACCGGCAGCCUCGGCCCGAGCAGGCCGCGCACGUCCCUUCCAUCACCGGCAUCGUCGAUAUACACAGAUCGACUGAGUAGCAAGCGUUUCUCUGAGGAUGAAGAUGAGGAGAUAGACGUGGGUGACUAAAAUAACGGGCUGUCAGUGGGACAUCAAAACAGUGGCCGGUUUUAGCCGACAGCAACUCUGGAUUUUAGCCUUUUACGCAGCGAUGCGAUUCAAACUUAGAAGUCAGUGGUGAUGUGAGAGAAGCCAUCCUAUGGGACAUUUACCCUCUGAACACGUGUGAUGCGUUCAAUGCAAACAGAUCAACAGAGACAUGCAGAAAGAUCUACACUACCAGUCAAAGGUUGGACACGGCUUCUCAUUUAAGGCAUUGUAAAUUAAUACUGAAGACAUCAGAACUAUAAAAGAAUACAUAUGGAAUUAUGUUGGAAACCAAAAAAUGUUCAUCCUCAGUAUUAAUCUACAAUGUACAAAAUAAUGCAAAUAAAUAAAAAGCAUUGAAUGAGAAGACGUGUCCAAACUUUUGACUGGUAGUGUAAAUGCAGGUGCAACACACACCAGUUCAUGUGAUCAGAAAUAUUUCACAGCAUGAUUCAUUUAUGUGCUUUUCCUCUCCACAGCUGGAAGGCCUCUAGAAUCAUUUUAUAAGCUCGCUCCACUUGUUUCCAGCCUUUUGAUAUCGCACUGAAUUGAUAAUCACGCACAGAAAAACGUGCAGCAGCUUGUAAUAAUUCACGAUUUAAUAUAUUUAUAACGCUUUGCUACACCCUUUAAGUGCCUUUAUCGUAUAGCCCACAGAAAGCAUAAACCUGUAAAAAUUGUAAUGUAAAUAAAACCUUUUCAAAUUA